AUGGACGAGCACCGCCACUACCUGGAGGAACAGUAUAAUGUGCUGAGGGCGGCGGAAGAGGCGGUUGGACUUCAAUCACAAAGGCUUAAGAGCCUUGCAGAGGCUGUGCAGCCGCAUUUGCAGGCUCGGUGGGGAGCGUUUGCGCAAGGUGCGGCGCCGUCAAGUACUGAACGACCACCAGAAGCUGCUGCUGUCACUGUGGUAGCAGGAACGAACCUGACAGUCCCGCCGAUAUACAGAGGAAGCUCUAAAAAAGAAAAGAGGGGCUUCAUGGACAGCUAUGCGAUUUACACAAGGCGCGUCAAGGCCUUGAACCAAGGAACGCACGCGAAGUUUUUUGUGAUGCCACUCAGUGCUUGCAUCGAGCAAGGCACGAUGGUUCGUAUAUGCGGUUUCGAACUCUUCAAGGAGGAGAAGGACACACUUGAUAGAGAAGUCAAAGCUCUUUGCAUGGGCAUUGAGCCGCAAGAUGCGGAGUCACGACUCUCACGACUCAUGGCUCAGCCUUACGAGAUAAUUGACCAACUCAACAUGGAGGACGUCGUGCACACUGAGCCCAAAAAGGCCAUCGGAUAUUUCGUGGGCGCAUUAAGGCCGCAGCUUUUUAAGGCAGCAGAGAAAGACCAAUUGAGCCGGCAGUGCCACAAGUCUACUAAGUCGGAUCUGGCAGCGUUCCUGAAGUGGCUGAGAGGUGAACUACAGGGGUUUAUGCGAUUCGAGGCCCACAUUUCAGCCCAGACUCAAGCCAAAGGAGGGACCAAGCCGACUCAGCAGCAGCAGUCAAACCGAGGAUUUGGCGGGACGCACGGUGCUACCAAGGUAAACAGCACUGACGACCGACACCAGCAAGGUGACCAACAAGGCCAAGCCAAGACCGACCGGUGA